GGCUGUUGUAGUUCCGGGGCAGCCGCAGCAUGGAGCCGGUGGCGGAGGACGGCGCUGAGAUGCUGGGGGCACCCGACCCGGAGCUGGCGGCCACCAUGGGCUUCUCCGGCUUCGGGAAGAAAGCUCGUACGUUCGACCUCGAAGCCAUGUUUGAGCAGACGAGGAGAACGGCAGUGGAGAGGAGCAGGAAGGUCUUGGAGGCUCGUGAAAGAGAGAAGGAAGACCAGGCUGUAAAGGAGUCUAGAAGUCCAUGCGCCAAUUCAUCAGCUUCAGUGUCCAGUGCAACAGGAGCUGGGUCCACAUUAACCCAAAGACAGGCAACCUGUAGUGAAAGUGAAGAUAGCUCAGAGGAAGAGGUAACUGGUCCUUCUGUGCAAUGCCAAUCUUCGGCCCAGGGUCCAGCUGAGGACACAGAUGAUGAUGAUGACGAAUUCAUCGGUCCACCACUUCCGCCUGGGUUCAAGGAUAGUGACGAUGAUAAUGACAAUGAUGAUACAGAGGAGGAAGAUAAUAAUCCUGUCAAGAAAAUCCCAGAUUCUCAUGAAAUUACACUCCAACAUGGGACAAAAACUGUUUCUGCUUUGGGAUUGGAUCCUUCAGGUGCCCGCUUGAUAACUGGUGGAUAUGACUAUGAUGUUAAAUUUUGGGAUUUUGCUGGAAUGGAUGCCUCACUCCAAGCUUUUCGGUCACUCCAGCCUUGUGAAUGUCACCAGAUCAAAUCUUUACAGUACAGCAGCACAGGAGAUGUAAUUCUCGUUGUCUCUGGUAACUCUCAGGCAAAAGUUCUUGACAGAGAUGGCUUCCCAGUAAUGGAAUGCAUAAAAGGAGAUCAAUACAUUGUGGAUAUGACAAACACAAAGGGUCACACAGCAAUGCUCAAUUCAGGCUGUUGGCAUCCAAAAAUAAAGGAAGAAUUUUUGACAUGUUCAAAUGAUGGAACUGUGAGAACAUGGGAUGUUAACAAUGAAAAAAAGCACAAAAGUGUAUUCAAACCACGAUCAGUUCAAGGUAAACGAGUGAUUCCUACAACUUGCACAUACAGCAGAGAUGGUAAACUGAUUGCAGCUGGUUGUCAAGAUGGCUCUAUCCAGAUCUGGGAUAGGAAUAUGAGUGUACACACAAAGUUCCACUGCAGGCAAGCCCAUGCUCCAGGCACUGACACUUCAUGCUUGACGUUUUCCUAUGAUGGGACUGUCCUUGCCAGCAGGGGAGGAGAUGAUACUUUAAAGAUAUGGGAUAUUAGGCAAUUUAAAAAGCCUCUUAAUUCAGCAGAAAGACUGCCCAGCUUCUUCCCAAUGACAGAUUGUUGUUUCAGCCCAGAUGAUAAGAUACUUGUCACAGGCACCUCUGUUAAGAAAGGUGGUGGCAGUGGGAAGCUUUUUUUCUUUUAUCGAGAGACAUUCCAGAAGUUGUAUGAGAUAGAAGUGACAGAUGCGAGUGUUGUGCGUUGCCUUUGGCAUCCCAAGCUGAACCAGAUCAUGGUUGGUACAGGAAAUGGUUUGGCCAAAGUAUAUUAUGAUCCUGUCAAAAGUCAGAGGGGAGCAAAAUUAUGUGUGGUCAAAACAAAGCGAAAAGAGAGACAAGCAGAGACUCUGACACAGGAUUACAUCAUAACACCCCAUGCACUUCCAAUGUUCCGUGAACCACGACAGCGAAGCACCAGGAAACAGCUGGAGAAGGACAGGCUGGACCCCAUGAAGUCUCACAAACCUGAACCUCCAGUAGCAGGACCAGGUCGUGGUGGGCGUGUUGGGACUCAUGGAGGCACCUUGUCAUCAUACAUAGUGAAGAAUAUUGCCCUGGAUAAGACGGAUGAUAGUAACCCUCGAGAGGCCAUUUUACGUCACGCGAAGGAGGCAGAGGAGAAUCCAUACUGGGUUGCUCCAGCAUAUGCUAAGACGCAACCAAAAACAGUGUUUGCAGAAGUGGAACCAGAAGAUGAUGAAACAGACAAGCCAGAGUGGAAAAAACGUAAAAUUUGAAAAAUUCCAUUUAAAUAAUUAUUUUACAGCAUUUGAAACACAGUGCAGCAUUUAUCUCUUUAUUUUGGGUAAUAUAUAAAAAUUUUUAAAUUACUUCAGCUCAUAAAACUUGCUGCAGUAUAAAAAAGGGUUGUUACAUUACGCUGGAUUGUAAUCCCACGUCUGAAUUUUGUAAUAAGGAAUGAAUUAUAUUAUGCAAAGAACAUCUCUCUGUCACUUAGUUAUUUGUGAUUUAAAUGAAAAAUAUUUCUUUAUAAAUAGAACUCUAGUGAAUUAAUUGUAUUGACAAAUGUGUGGGGUUUUUUUAAUUACUGCCAACUUUACAAAAGCUGUGUCAUGACUGUGUUCGUUGACUUUAAGUAUAUGAAUAAAAUAAUGCAGUUUCUCAAA